UAGACAAACUGACAGAUAGAUAGAUAAAAAGCAAACCGUAUAGAAGUUUAUUUUUGCACAAUUAGGAUAAGAAAAAAAUCCUUAUUUGAAACCUGUCUUCAUAGGGCCAUUGUAAAAAAAAGAAAAACUUUAUUGAACAUCAAACAAAUGUACAAAUAACAACUGUAAGCAGUCCGUAAAAAAUCAAUAACUAAUGUCAUCUGUCAAAAAUAAAAUCAGUUACAGUUUACUGAAAGGUAAUGGAAACAUGGCAAGCAAAAUGAAAAAAAUCGAAAUAAAAAAAUAACCAUAUUGUUAAUAGAAAAGAAAUGAAUACUUGGGCAUUAGAACAAACAAAAAAAUCUCCAGAGAGGGAAUUAUUUAUCAACCAAAAAGUAUUACAUGCCUUGGGUGUAUUAAUUUUUUUAAGAUUAAUAAAAUUGAAAGAACUCUAUCAUAAACCUUCAAAUCUGGGAAUAGUCUUUCACACUCAACACUUAUGUAUGUAAAAUUUAGAUUUGAGCAGUAACAAUUGUUUAUUAUUUUCAACCUAUUUAUCAUCUGAGUUCAAAUAUGUAACAAUUUGUUUAAAUGUAUUAUAAUAUUAUUGCUUAAUUUUGUAUUUAUAAAACGUCCCAAUUGGAUCCAGAAUUCAAGAGAGAAUUUACAGUGGUAGAAAAAGUCAUUUGAGAAUCUGGAAUCUUUCUAACAUGCGUCACUUCCGGGUUUCAGGAGGCAGACCGGCUGAGUUGAGAACUCUUCGUCACAAGUUUUAUUUUUAAACUUCUUUUAAACUGCGCACGUAUUUGAACACACGUUUAGUUUUCUUAAAAAAAUACAUGCAGCUCAUUUUGUGGUUUUAUUGUAAAACGUAAAUUCAAAACGACCACCGGAAAAAAUGGGCGUGGCAACGUAAAGUUAAGAAAUUAAAAGCAUCUAUGCUUCGGUGGUUGUCGCGGAAACACCGGAAGUACAAUAUUAAAAUUAAAAUAGCUGAUUCAUGGAAACUAGAAUCACGAAAAAUAGAAACUAGAACAUUAUUGACCAACAAAUAUACUUUAAAAAGUUAUUUUAUACGUGAAACUGAAUGGACUCAUCAGAUAAGAGAAAAGGCAAAACGGCAUGGAGCCAGAGCUUGUUCUCGUCUGCAGCGUCUGAGCAGCGAUGGGAUGAAGAGGUCAAGCAGCUGUUCGGAAACAACAAAGUCCUCCUGUCCCGUACAAAGAACAACAGAGGAGCGGAGCUGCAAGCAGGGGUCAUCAUUCAGAGAAGAGCUGCAGAGCACUGCUCAAACGGAGCCCAGGCGCUGCUGAGGGCAGAGUACGAGCGGGCCGUGGUCUGUUUCUCCAAGGCUGUCACUCUGCAGCCGGGGCAGCCUCAGCUGUAUGUGAGUCAGGCUGAGGCUCUCCUGCAGCUCUGUGACUUCCAUUCAGCGGCGGGUUUGUACAGGCGGGCCUCCUUUCUGCAGCCUGGAGCCUUUGAUGACCGCUUGGCCUUCAUCCUCUACAUGCAGGGUCAAUGUUUAUUUGAUCAAGGUCUUUUCCUUGAGGCUCUGCAGGCUUUCAGCUGCGCUGCAGAAGUGAAGCCAGGUUGCAGGAUUUAUGAAGUAAAGAG